AACAAAUUAAUUCCUUUUGUGAGUUUUGGCAGUGUAAUCAGAAGAAGAGGUAUCCUUCUAUCAAUGUGUCUUUCAGUUAAACAUGAACCACACUUCAUUGCCACACUCCUUUCUCAUCCUCGCCCUCAUCAGUUUGCCUUUGAGGCCUUACCCCGGAGAAGGGUUGGCACCCUUUUGAUGCCAUGGUACUUCCCUGUAUCGAAGAACAAUUCUCGUUUGUGCCUCACCAUCAAUGGAAGAAGGCUUGGUUCAAGUUACAGCAAUGACAGUGUUAGUAAUACUCCAGAGCUAUCAGAUGCAUACAGCCAUGAAGGUUCAUCAGAAAGCACAGAGAAUAAGAAGGGAAAGUCAAUGACAAUCAAUGAGAUCAUGAAGAAACUGAGGAGAUAUGGAGUUUCUGGAAUCCUAUCCUAUGGACUAUUGAACACUGCAUAUUAUCUCACAACAUUUCUUUUUGUGUGGUUUUACAUUGCUCCAGCACCUGCAAAGAUGGGUUAUGCUGCAGCUGUACAAAGAUUUCUCAAAGUGAUGGCAAUGGUGUGGGCUGGUAGUCAAGUCACUAAACUUAUAAGAGCAGGAGGAGCAUUGGCACUGGCACCUUUUGUUGACAGAGGAUUGUCCUGGUUUACUGAUAAGUUUAAGUUUCAAUCACAAGGGAAGGCUUUCAUGGCUAUAGUGGGAUUCUGUCUUGCAUUGGCUCUCAUUGUAUUUUUUGUCAUCACACUGCUUUGGGCUUGAAGCUUCUCUCUGCCACCUUAUAGGGAGAACAUUCAAAUUUGUUGUCACAUAAUAAUUAUUUUGUUCUGAAAUACACUAUUAUUGAAAUUUUUUCUUGUUGUAUAAGACAGUGUCUCACAAAUUUUCACCUUUUUUCAUGUAUGUGUUAUUUUAUGUUGGUUUGGUUUUAGAAAAACUAAAAAUAUUUGCAAAGUAGGUGUGCAAGGGGAUUAUACCUAAUCCAGAAACUCUUCCAACAUAAUCCAAUCUAACUUGAUUAUUGUGGAUUGAGUUGGAUCAUUGGGAUAACUUGGAUUUUGCUAAUGCAAUAACUAUAAUUUGGUUAUAU